AUGCUCAAAUGGGUAACUUCCGCACGUGGUAAGAAUCUUCCUAUAUCUGGGCCAUUAAUGAAGCAAAAAACCAAAGAGUUCGCUGAUGCAUUGGGGCACGAAGAUUUUGAAGCUAGCACAGGAUGGUUAGACAAAUUCAAAAAACGGCAUUGUAUUGUAGCAAAAACCUUAUGUUUGGAAAGUGCUGACGCCAACAAAACGAAUUUUGAUGAACAUAUUGUCACAAAUGGAGGAGAAGCUAUUCGAAAUUUAAGCACAGUGUGGAAUGCCUUUGUAAAACCAGAAACAAUUGCGAAUUGUUUCAGAAAGGCAGGAUUUUCGAAAGAUGGCGUGCGGACUCAUUGGGAUGAGGAAGACUUUCUUCCGUUAGCUGAUUUGGCUGCUCUACAGGCUUCAUUUAGGGAAGUAACGAACGUUGAUGCAUCUUUUGAAGAUUAUGUCAAUGUUGAUAUUGAUGUGCAGACCAUGGGCAUCCUACCCGAUGAGGAUAUUAUAAUCAAUGUUCUGGAAACUCGUGGAGUUUCGGCUAUGGCAGAGUCACAUAACGAUGAAGAAGAACCGGCCGGUGAAGAAUUGGCUGACGUCAAUAAGACGAUACCUACAUUGGAGCACGUUUCUUCAUCAAUAGAUGUACUUCGAACUUUUGUGGAGAUGAGGAGUAACGUACCGACUAAUGUAUUUAAAUCUUUUAAUGUAUUAUAAGGUUUUGUUGAGGAAGAGAAUGGAAGAGUGUAAUCCAAACUAAAAUACCUGAUUAUUUUAAAUAAAAAUGGAAAAAUAU